AUGGACCAGCCAGGCGCCAAUCCGCUGCUCUCGCCGCCGGAGCUCACGCCGCUCGAGCAGGAGGUGCUGGACGAGUACGAGCGGCUGGCCGAGAACAUGAAGAAGCUCGCCUCCAUCCUCGACACCAUGGCCGGCCAGCCAACCACAGAAAUCCUCGACGGCCUGCGCGAGCUGGAGCGCAAGACGAGCCUGGUGUUCACGCUGCUCAAGGCCAGCGUCUACAGCAUCGUGCUGCAGCAGGAGAUUGACUGGGGCGACCAGAACAGGCGUUGA